AUCGUUUCCUACCGCUACCGGCAGUCCGACAUCAGCGGCAUUGUAUUGUGUUUAUGGUUAGAGUAUCUAGAAUCUUUACAGUUUUCUUGAAAUAUUCAUCAUUUUGAUCGGAAUUGGAACGUUGUUGCUUAAAUUUUGGUUAGUAUUCUUGUGUUAUUUUGAAUAUCACUAUGUCGUACAAAGUACCUAAGGUGCAGAAAGUGAUGGUGCAGCCAAUAAACCUCAUUUUCAGAUUUCUCCAAAACCGAUCAAGAGUUGAAGUGUGGUUAUACGAAUCGGUCAAUUUGAGAGUGGAGGGACAUAUCGUUGGCUUCGAUGAGUAUAUGAAUUUAGUGUUGGAUGAAGCUGAAGAACAUAACACCAGAACACAUCGGCGUAAGAAGCUUGGAAGAAUUAUGUUGAAGGGAGAAAAUAUCACGUUGAUACAGAACAUGAAUUCAGAACCCGUUUCUCUAAACUAAGCUCUGCGUUGCAGUGAACAGUGAGCAUUGACAUUUUGUUACUCAAAGAGAAGUUACAAAUGUGAUUUAAUUAUAAUUUUAAGCUAAGACUACAUUAGUUUGUUUAAAUAACGAAAAAGUCUACUGCUACAUUAUCAUAAUCGUAAAGUAAACAAGAUUCUGUAGGUCUAAUUUAAUAGAUUUACAAGAUGAUUCAAAAUUGUAUUUCACAAACUAUUAAGCAUUUGUUUCACCACAGCAAUUGUAUAAUUUUACAUUUAGUUUGAUUAAAGCAAAAUGAUUACACUUGACUGUACUCUGGUAAUAAGUUUGCAUAUCUUUGAACUGUAUGCCUGAACCUUGUUUAAUUGAUCCAAAUUUACAAUUAAUUUAAACACUGUCAAAUUUAUUCUAUAGUAGCCUAAUGUGUUUGAAAUUCAAUAAAAAUCUUUUAAUUUGA